AUGUCAUUCGCUGUUUCUUCACUUCUGUCCAAUUCGCGUUCCACUUGGCCAAUUUGCGUAUACAAUCGUGUUCUUUCUGUGCCUCUCUUGUUCCUUCGUGCUCCCUCCCUCUCGCUCUCUCCUUCUGAACGAGCCCAGCCCGAAGGGGAAGGCUGGUCUGGGGUGUGUGGGGACAGGGUAAAGGACAACCUCAUCUCCCACUUCGGGCCGAGCCAGCAGCCAAUCCGGACGGGGCAGACGGCCGUUUGUCGAGGUCCGGAGGCCACAAACCACACGACCUGUUCAACUGGCCAGUCAGGCCUUACUACUCGUUCUCUGUCCUCUCUCACUCUCGCCCAUGUCUACUCGCCGUGUUCUAGGCUCUUGCAAACACCUCCCCGAGGUCGACUCCUUCACCUUUCCCAAACCCAUCCCGGCUCCCACCGCCCCUCUACGGUCAAUGGGAUCGCUGUGGCCGGAGUUGCUGGCUCCUCUUCCGACCUAUCACAACUUUACGUGCAUUACAAAGCCCAUGGACAGGACGUGCAGUUGGAAACAUACUGUCCAACCUCUUCCCUAACAAACUCACCUAUCUUUCCUCCUCCAAUUGCCUCUGUUCCCGCCUCCCCUUUCCCUCAAGUCAAGUCAAGUCAAGUCCGGCCUAAUCGACUGCAGUCCAGUCAAGUCGAGUCCCUUCUGAUCCACAACAGUCGCCUCGAGAAGUCUGGCUACAGAUCGCGAUCUUCUCGCUUGCUCUGCCCUCCUUCCGGCCUGUUCACGUCUCGUUGA